CAUCAUCGAUACACAUCGACUCAUCUCACCAUCACCCGUUUCCAUCACAGGUUCGUCCUACAGGCUCGCCCGAGGUCUCCGGGGCGCGUUUUGAACGCCGCCUACUCAUUGAUCAAACGCUGACGCCAGUACUCGUCCAGCGAUUACCGCCUCUUCUCUGGCCGUAGUCAACAAGCAAAUUCCACCAUGACUGAACCGCUCUCCAAGGUCGAUUCCGCCGUUCAAGGCCUGUCGUCGUCACCGCCCAAGGAGAAGGGCCAUAGGAGGCAAAGCUCCAGUGCGGCUGGUGUGAUGAACAUCAAUGACCUUGAGAAGGACAAGAUUGAGAUCCAGCUUCCUGUCGAGACACAAAAAACGGGGUGGAAGAUCAACUCGAGCCCCAUGUCAAUCGACGACCCAUCCAUCCUCAAGAUUCCCUUGACCAAGCCUCCUGUCAAGAAGAUUGACCUGCACUUCCCACUGGGCAUGGAAGUCACGGCAAGAAACCUCAAGGGUGUCACCAUCAAGGAUGCGAUGGACGCGAUUUACAAGGCGUACAAGAAGCGGGCCGACGACGAGCUGGACAACCCGUACCUUGCCGGGUUCGAAUGGGACAAGGAGGAGUCGUGGACACGGUUGGUUGUCCACCUCCAGAAGCAGCCUACAAGCGGCGGUGGCGGCGGCGGCGGCGGCAAGAAGAAGAAGAACAAGAAGGAGGAAGAGUAAUAACCUCCUACACCCGAUAUCUGUUCCAAUAUUUCCUUCAACUGUUUGUUUGGCUUCGCUGGAUUCGUUGCGAGUCGGCGCCCGGGAUAUUGCGAUUAGAUACUCUCGGUAGUGUUAGUGUGGAGCGACCGCCGGAGGCGUCGCCUUUGUGCCAUUCGUGCCGAAGCCGUUGGGGCUUUGGUCAAUUGAUUCCGAGGUCUGUUGGAACCUCGCUACCUCUUUACACAUUGUCACACUGUAAUUUCUCUUCCUGUGAUGAAAGAGCCAACCUGCGACGGCUCACAUGCGUUUCUCCGAGGCCGGUGUAACGCCCAUGGUCGUUAAAAAAA